AUGUCGGUGGACUCGCAGGCGGCCUUCAGGGCGGAGGCGAUUCGCCUCGGGGUGUCUGAGGCGCAUGCCGACUUGCUCAUCACGAAGGGCAUCCGCACGCACUCGCUGUUCGCCUUCAUCUCCAGCUACCAGCCGGGUGCCAGUGACGAGAAGCCGUUCGUGGAUGCAUUGGUUGCCAAGCUUGGUGAGGAGGCUAAGGAUUCGUUACCAGCCUUCCGGCACUUGUUCUACACGAGCCACACGCUAGCGGUCCAGGAGCUCAAGGACAAGCUUGAACCUCGCGAAGAAGCCAAACGCCUCUCUAUGGCAGACAGAGUGGAUCGCCUAGAGAGGCUCAAGAAGGCGCUGGUGGGAUUCACGAUUGACACGUGGUUGGAGCCUAGCCACUCCUUGGUGGACAAGGCCGUUGGCUUUGCGGAGGAGGGGUGUCUGGGACCCUUGGAGCUUUCCCGCUGCACGUCGCGGGAGGCGGAAAUGAGGUCAGAAAAACGUGACCCGGAAACUUUCCGCUUGGAAAAGCUGAACAUCAAGGUCACGAAGCCCCCCACGACCUUGACAGCUGACACGUCCAGUGACCUACAUGUUCGGACUUGUAUGCAGCGUCGUGCUCUGGCAUUCCACAUGGCCGGCAUUGCUACGUUCGUGAUCAAAGUUCCCACGGCUGGACGAGCCUACGAGCGACUUGGGCGCUUGUAUGAGCGGGCAUUGAGUGAAGCAAGUGUGCAGCUUGCGGGUCAGGCUACCUUGAAGUUACCCUGGGAGAAGGGCAUUUAUGCCGAGAUUUUCAGUGGUAGCGAGCUGCCUAGGAUGCCUACUUUACCUGUGCCUGCUACACUUCCAGUCGUAGAUGUUGCAAGACCUGGGACCCAGCACAGCGAAGCCUUGAAGCAGACAUCAGAUCCUCUGCCAAAAUUCGAGAGUGCAGUCUACAAGCACUGUCUGCAUAAAUCAACUAUUGCUGCUGGCGGGAGACCCGGGACAGAUCGAGAUGCCGUCUACAGGCGCUGGCUUUGUAUCUUGGGCCACAAUCUUGCUGGCUCUAAGAUUGGAGAGUACAUUGCUGAUGGUGCCGAAGACCCUCUUGUUUUGAUUGCGGACACCUUUGGAGGGAAAAGUACGAGCACCUUGCUUAAGAGAGCCAGGUUUGUCGCCCGGAUGCUUACGUGGGCGUCUGAGCAUAGUCAGACGUUCUUUCCGCUGCGGCUUGGACCAUUGCUUUCAUUCAUGCGCAGUUUGACAUCAGAGAGUGCCAAGGCCCAGUGUGGAGAGACAAUCAAUUUCCUUGUGCAUGUCCUUGGUGUGCAUGCCGAUCUGGAUAUUUUGAAGCAUCCUGUAAUCCAAGGGCUUCUACGGGGGUCUCGGUCAACAGGGAAAGAGAUCAAGCAGUCCAGGGUACUCACUGUCCGGGAAGUUAUGGCGCUCGAAGAUAUGCUCAGUGAUGCAUCCCUUGAUCCUGUUGAUCGAUAUGGUGCAGGAGUUUUUCUCUUCCAGAUUUACAGCCGGGCACGAGUGUCCGACAUCAGGAACAUCCAGCGCUUUGAGCUCGACCUGAGUGGAGAUGACGGAUACCUUGAGGCGAAAACGAUGGACCACAAGAAUGCGACCAGAGGACGUGGGCUGGGGCAGAGCUUGAUUCUCGUUGCUCCGGUUCAGGGCCUGCGGGAUAAGGCUUGGGGUAUCCAGUUCAUCGAGGUUGCAAAGAUGGUUGGGUUCAACCUUCGACAGGGGCAUCGUGGACCUUUAUUACCUAGACUUACUGCCGAGGGUCAAUGGUCAGGGGAGGCGAUCGGGUCUGAUGAGACUACAUCGUGGCUCAACGGUCUGUUGAAUCGCGCUAUGAGUGAGCAGAUUGCGUCAGGGCUAACAUCCCAUGGAUUAAAGGCAACAACCCUCUCCUGGAUGACGAAGGCCGGGUAUCCCGAAAAGUCUUGCCUCAUUUUGGGGCAUCACGCGAGAGCGGGGAAGAAAACUCUUUACACAUACGGCAGAGACGUGCAAGCCAAACCAUUACGCGAGCUACAAGAUUGCAUUCGUCUCAUCAAGCGUAAUGUGUUUGCUCCGGACUCGACUCGAAGUGGCAUGUUCAAAUCAGGCGAGAGCAGUCAUGAAUCAAAGGCUGAGGUUACAGACCCUCUCAUUCUCGCUGCUGAGCAGUUCCGGUUUGGCGAUCCUGAUGAAAUCAUUGACACUGGAGGCGAUGUCGGCAGUGAACACGAGCCCUUGCUCGAGGAAGGAAAGCCAGCUGACAAUUGUGAUGCUGAGCCUGAGCAGGAUGCUGAGGAUUCCGACUCGAGUACCUCUAGUUCUUCAGGUUCCUCUGAUGACCAUGCCGAAGCUUAUGAGAGUUUCGCCAGUGAUGCUGCCCUUGAUUGUGCUGUGCCUCACUUGAACAAAGAGGUGGACUUGGACCUAGUGGUCUUCAUUGAGGAUGGCGAGGGCUAUGGGCCAGCACAGCGCUUUGCGCGUGCACUCGCAGUUUUGGAGAACAUGUGUUGGGCGAGGGCUUCGGGCCUGCACAGCACAUUGUGCUUGCGCUCGCAGUUUAGUAUCGUCUACUUUGUGAUGGGCUGGGACGAGUGCAAUCACAUGACAGGAAUCCUUGACUGGCGUGAGUACCGAAUUGAGCCCAAAAGGUGUGUGGAACGUGGGGAUGACACGAUGGCCGUGUUCUUGGAAAGAUGUGAGACGGCCGGAUUGCCAAAGCCGAUUCGGGACAUCUUGGUUGGCAAGAAUCUCAGUACCUUGGCAGGUCUCGCAUUCGCAGCGGGGCAGCCGGGGGAAACACCGAGUGAUGCAGUGCUUACCGGCCUGGCGAGAUCCGGCACAGAGGAAGUUCCAAUAGCGACCCUAGCCUCCUUGAGGCGGUUGGUGUUUGAAGCGCAGCUCCUCAUGACCGCGCAGGUGAAGAUGCUGAUCGAGCAUCGUGCCGAUGACCAAAAGGCGGAAUUAGCACCCGCAGAAAGAUCGGAGCGAAUCCAGAAGCAGAGCGAGCGCCUGGCCGGUGUUGCACUCCGCAACGAGUCAGAAUGCUCCUAUGGGUCAUAUGAUUUGGUCAUGAAGAUGGUCCAGGAGAACUGUGUCUCCUACUUGUCUCCAGCUAGGUUUCCGUCUCGGCAGGCCGAACUUCGUCUGGAGAAACCUCGAAAGGAGCUUGAUGUGGUCAACUCAAAAAUCACUUUGAAGGACCAGGCAGUCGAUCUUCAAUGCCAGCUUCACACGCCGCUGUGCCUGCAUCAUGCUCUUCAUCGACGGGCACUUGCAAUGGAUCUCGUUGGGGUAGCCAGCUACAGUGUGAGCAUGGAAUUUCACGAGUACUUGAUGUCACACCUUACCAUGGAGCCACCGCCUGGCUAUCAUCAAGUCACACUGCAUCAGGUUCUAGCAGCUGACCGAGCCGCUUGGUUGCGACUCGCGGAGAAACUUCCUAAAGGGCUUCGUGCUGGUCCCGAUGGGAAACUCCCGCUGGAUAUCGAGCUCCCGAAAUUGCAGGGCGACCCGAAAGUGGCUUUUCAUCUCUUACCUCUGGGACCUUCUGCUUCAUCAUCCGGGAAGCGUUCGAUGGAUGGCGAUCAGGGCCAGAACAACGAUUCGAAGAUCCAGAGGACUGGAGGCAAGGGUAAAGGGAAGGGCAAAACCAAAACCAAAGCCUUUCCUAAGUCUAUGCCUGUGUCCCUCAAAGACAAGUGGUCGCGAACCAAACGCGGUGUUCCGAUAUGCUGGGCCUUCAACACGGAAGAGGGCUGUUGUGACUUGAUUGAAUCACUGGAGGUUUUCCUUAACCGGGCUAGGGCUCGGGUAACUGGUGUUUCGAUCGAGGCACUCUUUGGAGUUGAAGUUUUUGCAGGGUCUGGUCGCUUGACUUGCGAGCUCCGCAGGCUGGGGCUUAAUGAUAGUAUUGGUGUUGACAAGAAUGUCGGCCGAUGCUUGAUCGCACCGGUGUUGCGUCUCGACCUUGGUGACGAGCAGGCGCGCGAGCUUGUCGUGCAAAUGCUAGAAAAUCCCAAUUGUGCCUACGUUCAUGUUUCUCCCCCUGCCUUGAACCAGAAACAUCGCAGUUUGAAGCACCGUCAUGGUGCCGAUGCUUCGUGCUAUUCAGCCUCGUGUAACUUGUUGUACGAGUUCUGCGGGAAGCUCUUUAGCAUGUGCUGGUCCAAAGGCAUUCUCUUUUCUUGCGAAAACCCUGGACAGUCAGAGCUGUGGCGAACGCCACAGUGGUGCAAGCAUACGUUGUGUUUAAAUUCCAUUGAUACUGUUUUUCACAUGUGCAUGUGGGGAUCUCUCAGCCCUCGUUUCACACGCAUUGUUCAUUCUGUGCCUUCGCUAACGCAGCUGGGUGUUCGUUGUUGCGGUGUAAGCUCCAGCCACACGCAUGAGUCCCGAAACGCGCUCCAUGACUCCACAUUCCCCCUAGAUCUCAGUCGUGCGUGGGCAAAUGCAAUUGUGGAGCAACUUGUUGCUUUGGGCGCCCUGCCUCGUGCGCGCUCCUUGGAUGAGUCUCGAGCUCCCCUACACCGUGAAGCCCAGGUGGCAGCGGCUUCACAGCCAACACGCAAGAAGGUGCCUCCUCUUGUUAGUGAAUUUCGCUGCGUGGCGACAAUUGACACGCCCAAGCCUUUUCUUGACACAGCUUCCAAGAAACUUGAGGGGCCAAUUCCCAUCCCUGCGGGUGCCAAGUGUGUCCUUGCAAGGUUCAUGCGCCAGCAGUGCCCAGACGCUGUUUUCACGAGCCUGGCUUUGAUGAGGGUCACCAAUUUCGAGGAAGGGGGUUUGUGGGUUCACAACGAUCACGGCGACAUGCCUUGCCCUGAUGCAAAUUUUGGGCAGCUGAUGGGAACGAAGGUCGACUUCGAAAACGGACAGCAGCCGGUGACCCUGAGCCAGGUCGUGGACGCCGACAGAACGCUUUGGGUCUUGGUUGCGCAAGAGACUCGGGGCAAGGUCCUGACAUCCGGGACUCCAUUGCCGAUUGAUGCCGCUGUGGACGCCUUCAAGGACGCUCCAGACGUUGCUUUUGCCUUGAUGCCCCGCACUAAGGGGUCAGUGCCUCCGCCUCCGAAGCCGUCUCCGACUGCUGGAGCUGAGGCGAUGAGCCGUGCCAAGCGCCGCAGGCUUCAGAAGGCGGCCAAGUCCAAGCCGAUCGCGGAUUCAGCACAGCCCGGCAAGCCGUCGGCAGGAGGUUCGAAGGGAGGCGGCAAGGGCAUUGACAUACCACCGGGGGCGAAGACUCACGAUGACCAAGGCAGGCCAAUCUGCUUCCGUUACAAUCGCAAGGCUUGUGACCAAUCCAAAGAGAAGUGCCAGCGCGGCUAUCACGUGUGUUGGUUCUGCCUGAAGAACCACGCCAUAGCUUUUGGACCGGAAAAGUUUUCCGCAGUGGGGCAUUCUCCCACCGACCUUCACUGCGCCGAAGUUCUUGCAAGUUCUUUCAGCUCUCCGCCUACGGCGAAGCAGCUCCUUUCACUUUUGGAUGUGCUGCCACCUGAAGUACCUGCCCGCGGACGACCGGGCGAUUUCUCGUGGACCACGGGAUCGUGGUCGAAAGAUGGUUGCUACGGCCUUCGCCGCCACAGCCACAUGUUUCCGACGGUUACCUCUGCCCUGACGGCGUAUGUCCGAAGCAUCGCUCCCGAGCAUACCUUUACAGCGGUGGCACUUUUUGCAGAUCUCCAAACAGCGCCCCAUCGUGAUGUGAACAAUGCCGUGGGGGCUCCUAACCUCUUGCUGCCGCUUACUGAGUUCCAGGAGGGUCAGGUCUGGCAAUAUCACGAAACGGGGCCUUCCUGGCAAUGGGUCGAAGGCCGCCAUCUUCCCGGCAUGCUUUUGGAUGUUUCCAGAGGCCCUUGUUAUUUGGACUCCCAGGCCUUGCACUUCACACUUCCGUGGCGAGGCAAAAGGGUUCUCGUGGUGGCUUUCACGCCUCGCUGCGACGACCAAAACUUCGACUUCGCACAGCUUGUGGCGCUAGGCUUCAAUGUGGGUCAGGCGGGCCCGUCCCCGCCUCAACCUUUACGACAACAUCUCGAGCUCUUGGGCUUCAAAGUCCAGUUGCCACCGUGUGACCUACAUGCAGUCAGCUUCUCCUGCGAAGCUUCCGAGGCCUUAGCAGUCGAGGCCUUUUGUGGUCGUGGGCGCUUGUCCGUGGCACUUCGUGAUCAAGGCCUCAGUGUUCUUCCAGUUGAUCACCGCGUUCGCUGCACUGAUCUGCAAGUUCUUCGCCUUGACCUUCAGGAUGAUCAUGAUGCUUCCAUCUUCUUGGAGAUGCUCUCCACGGCUAAUGUUUGCUUGGCUCACUUCGGGCCGCCUUGCGGCACCUCAAGCAAGGCCCGCGAGCUGCCGUUGCCUCCGGAGCUUUCGCAUCUGCAGUCUUCCCCGCUGCGAUCCUUGGCAUCCCCCUUUGGUCUGGAUGGACUUCGGCCGUCGCAAGCAGCUCGCGUCCAUUCGGCCAACAAGCUCUAUGUGCUCACCUUGGUCUCGAUCUGGAUCCUGCAUGUGCGCGGCGCACUGGUCAGCUGCGAGAAUCCUUCGUCUUCUUUGUUCUGGCGGGUGGCCGAUCUCCUGGCACAAGAUCUGCCGGACCCCGCGGCUUGGCAGGUGUUGGAGGAUGUUGCGUUCCAUGCUUGCAUGUGGGGCUCCACUCGCAAUAAGCGUACCACCUUUCGCGCAACCCCGGGCCUCUGCAGCGGCUUGCGGCGCGAUUGCGAUGGUUCUCAUGAACAUUUGUCGUGGACACCGACUGCAACACCUUCCGGUGUUGUCUUCCCUACAUCAGGCGAAGCCGAGUACACCAAGGAGCUGGCGGCUGCGUAUGCCGCCUUUUCUCUCCGUGCUCUUCAACUUCGAGGACUUCGCACAGAACGCUCUCAUGUGGGCCCCGGAGUCCUUCGGCCUCGGGAUCUGCGUUCCUUCACUCGUAAGAGGGUGCCACCGCUUCUUGCAGAGUAUUGGCUUGUGGCUCCCCGCGACUGCGUACCACCAGAAUGGCCUCAACGGCCCCUUCCAAAGCAUGUCCUUUUUCCGAAAACGGGGGACGAGGUCAUCACAGUAUCUUCGGUCGCUGAAGUUCGGGCUUUGGAAGCGACUAAUGCUGUCAAACCGUCAACCUUGGUGGCUCUUAAGGCAUUGGCGGCGACUGGCGCCGAACCAAUGGUUGGGGUGCUUCGACGACCCCAACAAACCGUGCUGGCUACCAGGUGCUUGUCCCACCCGCUUGAGCUGAAUCUUCCUUUGCCGGACAUCCUUGUGAAGGCCGUCGUGAACGUCCUCAGAGUAGGACCUCGGGGCAUUGCUUUCCAUCGUGCUACGGUCUUGCAGAAGCUGCUGGUCAGGGCGGAGGCGCUCAAAGAUCGUGAACGCGAGCUUCAUUGUGGCUUGCAUCCGGAUCUUCGUAAAGUUCUUGCGGGGAAAAACACCCUAUUGUGGGAGCAGCUUCUGAGGGAGUCUCACUUUCCCGAUCUGGGCCUUGUCGAUGAGGUAAGGGGAGGCUUUGAACUCGUGGGUCCGGCGAACUGCUUUGGAGCCUUCCCCAUGGCUUACAAGCCGCCGCAGCAGUCAGUGGAGAAGCUCAUGCAGCAAGCCGUGUGGCGCCGGAAGAACACCAUCUCCAAGUGCAAGCCGACUGGCGAUACGGCUGCAGACGACGAGCUGUGGUCGCAAACUCUUGGUGAGGUCGAGCAGGGCUGGAUCGAUGGUCCCUAUUGGGCUGAGAGCGAAGUCAGUGAGAGGCUCGGCAGCGCCGAGUGGAUGUGCACCAGGAGAUUCCCCAUCGUCCAGGGGCCGAAGGUUCGCAUCAUAGAUGACUGCCUUCAGAGCGGUCUGAACUCGGCUUAUGCGGCAUACAACAAGCUCAGGUUGAUGGACGCUGAUGCGUUUAUCUCCCUGGUUCUCUUGCUUAUCCGAUGCUCGCACCAGCCCGGCAGCAUGAUUCAGCUCGAUUCAGGGGAACAACUUGUGGUGAAGAGACACCCCGAAUGGGGCGACGGCCUGGAUCUUCUCGGCAAGACUUUGGAUCUCUCCGCAGCUUACAAACAACUGGGCUGCCGGCCCGAUACAAAGUUUAAUCGAGUGUUAGUCGCUUGGAGUCCAGAACGCCGUGCGCCGGCGUUCUUUGUGUCUACUGCCCUGAUGUUUGGAGCGUCAUCGGCAGUCUUUUCCUUUAACCGCUGCUCGGCAUCCCUGUGGCACCUGGCAGUGACGAUGGGUUCAGUCUGCUGCACUGUGUACUUCGAUGACUUUCCUUGUGCGGAACCAUCGGCCUCGUCGGGCUCAGCGCAGGACUUCAUGGUGGGGCUUCUGUCCACUUGCUUGGGGUGGAACGUCGCUCUGCAACCUAAGAAAAACCAGCCUUUCUCUCAGACCUUCACCUUGCUGGGCAUUGAGCUUUCAUUGAAGACGGCGGACCAGGGCAUCCUGAAGGUGCGCAACAAGCCGGACCGCGUCUUGGAGCUGCGUGCUGAACUUGACCGGCUUUUGUCACAGGGCUACAUGAAGAGGUCUGAGGCGUCUUCCUUGCAUGGACGCUUGAACUUCGCUCAGGGACAGCUUCACGGUUGUCCCAUCAAGCCGGCGCUCAAGUUCUUGUCACAAGUGGCGGCCAACGGCUGGGAUGAUGCCCUGGCCGACGAUUUCAAACUUGUGAUUGGCUACAUCGCAGCUUGCUUCGCUACGGACUCCCCGAGGGUGAUACAUGCUCUUGAUUCGCGGUAUGCCAUCAAGCUCUUUACAGAUGGCGCAUGGGACAACAGAAUCGCUGGUGCGGGGGCUGUUCUCCAGUACGCCUUGGACCAGGGACCGAAAGUGGCGGAGGUGGUCGUUCCAGAAUGCCUUAUCGAGCACUGGGGCAGGCAUGGCGGCACUCAGCUCAUCUCGCAGCUGGAGCUUUUUCCCGUGUUGGUGUCACUGGUCAGCUGGGGCCCCCAGUUGGCGGGCAGGCGCAUCCUGGUUUUCAUCGACAACAACGGCGUGCGCGACUCCUUGAUCAAGGGCUCUUCUCCUCUUCCCGACCACUUCGUCAUGCUUUCGAUGAUUGCCUGGGUGGCUCGGCGGUAUCACUUCACGCUGUGGUUCACUCGUGUGGCAUCAGAAUCUAACCCUGCAGACAAGCCGUCUAGAUCGCAAGCGCGGGAGGCUGCUGAGGAGCUCGGUGGAUCCCUUGAGCUUCCCUUGACCUUGGACGACGUUCUUGUGAAAGGAUUGCUUAGCAAGCGGUCCUUCAUGGAUAUGUGCCAGGGGUCAAUGCCGUUCGGUGAUGGGGAAAAUAUGGGAGAGAGACUGUGGCAGUGA